AUGACAACACUGCUAACACCAUUCGCAAGGGAGCUGCAGGAACUAGAAGCCGGGUUUCCUUGCAUCAGGGAUGGGAAAACAGUAAACAUGCGUGUGUUUGCUGUGGUUUGCUCUGUGGAUGCUGUCGCAAGAUCGGCAGUAAAAAACUGCAAACAGUUUAAUGGAUUUUUUGGAUGUGGAUGGUGUUAUCACCCAGGGGGUUCGCAUUACCCGUACCUAGACCCUGCACCUGAGAAGCGCUCAGAGAAUGCCCACAUGAUAGAAGCAGCGGAGGGAACUCCUGAAACACCAGUUCAUGGCGUGAAGGGUCCCUCAAUCAUCAUGACCAUUCCACGGUUUAACCCUGUUGAUGGGUUUAUCCCAGACUACCAACACUGCGUUUGUCUUGGUGUCAUGCGGCAGCUGCUGAAGCUCUGGCUUGACACCAAGAACCAUGAUCAGCCAUGGUAUGCUGGGACUAAACUAGUGACCAUGAAUGCCAUUCUCCUGGGCAUCCUGCCACCCACAGAGGUCACCCGCACACCCAGGAGGUUUGAGGACAGAGCCUUCUGGAAGGCUUCAGAGUUCAGGAUGUUACUUCUUUUUUAUGGCUAUGUUGUUCUCAAGCCUGUUUUGCUAGCACCGUACUUCCAGCACUUUACAUUGCUGGCAUAUGCCACAUACCUGCUACUAAAACAGAGCGUAUCAACCUCCGACAUCUGUGAAGCUCGGGUUCUGCUGAGCAAGUUUGUGUUACAAAUGGGAAGACUGUACGGUGCAGAACACAUGUCAUACAAUGUGCACCAGCUUCUGCAUCUGGCAGAUGCAGUUGCUGCGUGGGGACCUCUGUGGGCAAACUCUUGCUUCCCAUUUGAGGGAAGGAAUGCAGUUCUGCUUAGUUACUUCUCGGGCACACAGUGUGUGGGCCAGCAGAUUGCAAGGACUUUUUUUCAGUGGCAGCAGCUGGCCCCAUUGAUAACCAGGAUGAGCCUCCCACAGGCAGUAGUGUUUUUUGAAGAAAUGAUGGGCCGAAAGACCAUGGGGCGCACAGGUACCCAAAUUCCAGGCGACGUAGUCGUGUACACACGCCACAACACAAGUGCCCAGAAUGUAAGAUUUGAGGUGGCAGUAGAGAGGGCUUUAGAUGCACCGCCAUCAAGCCUGACUUAUUACCACCGCUUUCAGUGCAAUGGCAUUGUCUGGAACUCUGAGUCCUACCCAAUGCCAAAAAGAGCCAACUGUGUUGCUCAACUCAGUGAUGGAUCUUUUGGCAUUGUGCAGGCACUCGCAGUGUUUAAGCUUGCAAGUACUACGUCUGACAUCCAACACAUUGUGCUUAUGGAGAAACUGCAGCUGACUCCUACGGUAGUUUUUAAAGACGUACAGCUAGGACUGCCAUUUUUGUCCGUGCGUGAAGGUGCAAGAUCGGGUGUUGUCACAGCUUGCAGUUCCAAGCAGCUAAUGACCAAAUGUGUCAUUAUGGACCGCACCGAAGACACUUUCCUUCUUGUGCCCCUACCGAACAAGGUAGAGCGCGAUUAA